CACAGUUACAUUCACCUACAAUGUGUCUUUGAUAGGAUGUGUUUAAAUGUUCAAAAAUAUAAAUAUAAAGUGAUGCAAUGUGGAUCAGCUGUUUAUUUCUGUGCAGCACCACGGACAGCUCCUUGCAUCCCCAAAUUAACCCCACAGUAAACCCUUAUUCCACGCCGGUUUCUUUGCACGUGGCUUUUACUUAUUAAUACACAUAUUUUCAUGCAUUAUUACGCAUGUGCUCUGUGAUGGGUGCAGCUUCUUUAAAAAAGAACUGUACCGCCCAAACGUAGCAUCCAUCCCUCUCCUCCGCUCCUGUUUUCUUCCGGGUGCUGAUGUUUGUCUUAGUACAGUCGCACCAGGAGGAUGUGACAUCCGCGAGCGUAUUGUCAUCUCUAACGAGCACUCAAAUGUAAAUGUAGAGGGGAAUUAUGAUAACGGAAUGGUCCCCCUGGAUGGUGUUUGUUACCCGGAAUAUUCAGAUGCAGCCUGCAGCCUGAUACAAUGAAUGCUGUGUAUGCCAAGCCUAGUUCCCAGCAAACAUAGAAGAGUGUUUCAGAUCAAGAUGCUGCAAGGCUCAUCUAUUUUUGGGUAUGAGAGGCCCCUGGUCAUCAAGGUGUCUUUCAGCACCUGUGUUCUGUGUACAGUGUGCCUGCCACUGCUGGGACUCAUAACUUGUGUCUUUAUAUCCUCCACCUUUCACUACGAGGACUCUACUGGUACUCAUUGUCAGGUUCCUAACUACCUGCCAUCCAUCAGUGCCUCCAUCAGCCUGAGUCCUGAGUGCCACAUAUGGCGCUUCUGCAUUGGACUACACUCAGCGCCGAGGUUCCUUGUGGCGUUCACUUACUUCAAAUUUUACAAGACACGUUUUGCCUCAAAAGUCCCAGAGAGUUUACUGACAUGCUUGAACCUGGCCUUCUCUAUCUUUGAGAACCUCGGCCUGCUGCUUCUUACAUACGUCUCAUCCAAUGAAACCUACUUUGUACACAAGGAAGGGUUUGUCCUCUUCAUUUUCAGUUCCAUCAUCUACAUGCUGAUAACCUGCCGUUUAUGGAAAUCUAUAAAGAAAUAUUCAUUAAAUCCUGAGGAUGCCAAGUCUCACCACUGGAAGGUGCGCUUCUUAUUCCUCAACAUCUCUUGCUGUGCUUUCGCUGGAUUCUUUUACUGGAAACACAACAUGUACUGCGAAUCAGGGAGUUAUACAUUUUUUGCCUUGUUUGAGUAUCUAGUGGUCUUUUCCAACAUGGCCUUCCAUCUCACAGCAAUGUGGGACUUUAAAAGCCGGGAGGUGAUGAUGAUAUCAUCCUCUGAAGAUAAAGACUUCUGACUAGAAACACCAGGAUUAAGUGUUAAAAGUACAACCACUCAACCAUCCGACAAUAACAGCCUUGAUCCUGCACAGGAAGAGGAUUGGGACGGCCUUUUCCAUAUAUAUCCAUGAUGAAGACUGUUAGAGGGCGUAGAUGUCACAGAUGUUUGAACUAAGUAUUUGCACAUGUGCUACUGUGAGGUCUAUUCAGUUAACUGUCGGUGCACUUACUGCCUCAUUGUGUCAUUCAUGGAUGCCUUCAGUAGUGUACAGUAUGAUAUUUAAUGUGCAAUUUUAACUUUUGUACAGUACACAGAUGUGUGUGGUAAAACUGCAUGUGAGCCAAAGUAAAGUGACACUUUGUCAAGUA